AUGGCGGCGCCCAUGGAGGUGGCGCUGGUGUCGGACGCGGCGGGGCCGCUCUGCAACUGCUCGGUCUGGGAGCUGCACUCGGGCUCGGCCCUGCCCGGGUACCGCGGCGGCAACAGCGGCCCGCGCGGGCUGGCGCUGCUGGGCGGCGAGCACCUGCUGGGGGCCCAGCUCGGCAAGAGCUACAUCAACGUCUGGGAGCUCCAGAGGAAGGACCAGCUGCAGCAGAAAAUCAUCUGUCCCGGGCCCGUGACCUGCCUGACGGCCUCUCCCAAUGGGCUCUACAUCCUGGCGGGGGUCGCUGAGAGCAUCUACCUGUGGGAGGUGUCCAACGGGAACCUCCUCGCCAUCCUGAACCGACACUACCAGGACCUCACGUGCCUCUGCUUCACCGACGACAGCAGCCACUUCCUCUCAGGGGCCAAGGACUGCCUGGCCCUGGUGUGGAACCUCUACAACGUGUUGCAGGCAGAGCCCUCCCAGAUCCCUGACCCCCGGCACGUCUGGUCCCGGCACAGCCUCCCCAUCACCGACCUGUGCUGCGGCUUCGGAGGGCCCCUGGCACGGGCUGCCACCGCCUCCCUGGACCAGACAGCCAAGCUCUGGGAAGUCUCGUCUGGGGAGCUGCUGCUUUCCGUGCUCUUCGACGUGGGGAUCAUGGCUGUGACUCUGGACCUCUCUGAGUACCACAUGUUCUGUGGGGGCAUGGACGGGUCCAUCUUCCAGGUCGACCUGUGCGCCUGGCCGGUUCAGAGAGACCGGACCUUCCAGACAGAGCGGGAGAACGGGAAGGUCUUUAAAGGGCACAGGAACCAGGUGACGUGUCUGUCGGUCUCCACGGACGGCAGCCUCCUGCUCUCGGGCUCUCACGACGAAACUGUCCGGCUGUGGGACAUCCAGAGCAAGCAGUGCCUGAAGACGAUGAAUCACAAAGGCCCGGUGACAAACGCCUUCAUCGUGCUGGCCCCUGCCAACAUGUUCAACCCCGACGGGAAGCCCAGCGUGCCCCUGCCCAAGUUCAGCAGGCACCUGCACGGCACCGAGAGCAGCGACGAGCCGGGCACCGAGGGGGUGACGCUGCGCCUGGGGCUGCACCAGCAGGAGCCUGGGCAGAGCUACCUGGAGAAGGCAGAGAGGAUGUACUCGCAGAUGCACUCAACGAGGGAAAAGAACCUGGUGGGAGACCAGGAGCACCUGACGAUCCAGGUGAGCGAGCUGGAGGAGGAGGUGAGCAACCUCCGGAAAAUCAACAAGGACCUCUUUGACUUCUCCACUCGCAUCAUCACCAAACCAGCCAAGUGAAGAGGCUCCCCCCGCCCUCGCACCCCUCCGCCUCUCCCUGUCCGGCUCCUGGGGACGAACCCGCCCAUCCUCGGGCACCGCCCGGCCGGCUGCGAGCACCCGGCUCACCUUCCCCGGCCUCGGCACACGCCGCCGCCUUCGCCUGCUCCGUGACGCGGGGCUGAGACGGGCGCGGGCACCGCGAGGGGACAGCACAGGGACCGCGUUCACCCCGCUUCGGGGCCGGGGGGCACUCGGGCGGCCGCCGCAGGAGGAGCGUCGCCGGCUCCUGGGAGGGCUCAGGAUGCAGCUCAUUCCCCAUCUCUUCCCCUGCGCCUUUUUCGUUUCUUUUUUAAGUUACUUGAC